GUUUAUUGGUUGUGGUGCCCUUGGACCCCGGAGUCGGUUUGUGGCCCUUGAGCUCUUCUGUGCAGCGGGAUCAGGACAGGAGUGAGGAUCGGGGGUUCGGAAACAAGAUCUACUGGUUUUCACAGUGAAGGAGCACUGACAACUGCACUAGUCAUGGUGUUCUUCUGCGCGGAUCUGCUGUGCUGCUGCUGGUCUCUGGCCGUUCUCGCGCUCGUCGCCGCGGUCUGGUUCUUCCGAGACUCCCGUCAGAUCACCGGCAUCCACGAGAAACACGUCCUGGUGACGGGCUGCGAUAGCGGCUUCGGACACCUCGCGGCGCGGCAGCUCGACCGGCGAGGGUUUCACGUACUCGCCGCGUGUCUCACGGAACCUGGUGCCUCCAGACUGCGCGCGUCCGCCUCCCCCAGACUGAAGACACUUCUGCUCAAUGUUACCGACAGUGCGAGCAUCGACCGAGCGCUGGAGCGCGUGCGCAGCGAGACCGGGGAGAGAGCUGUUUGGACUCUCAUUCUGACGGCACCCAUUCACUGCAGAGGAUCCAUUGGUCUGUGGGGUUUGGUGAACAACGCUGGCAUCUCGGUCCCCAUUGGCCCCAUGGAAUGGAUGCAGCUGGAGGACUUUAAGAAGGUUCUGGAUGUAAACCUCAUCGGUCUUAUCGAGGUGACCCUGAAGUUUCUUCCUCUGCUGAAGAAGGCUCGUGGUCGGGUGGUGAACGUGGCCAGCAUACUGGGCAGAGUCUCACUCAUUGGGGGAGGAUAUUGUCUCUCUAAAUAUGGUGUGGAAGCCUUCUCUGAUAGCUUGAGGAGAGAUAUGAUGCACUUUGGAGUGAACGUAAGUAUCAUUGAACCAGGCUUCUUCAAGACACAGGUAACAGAUCUGAGCCUCAUUGAAGAUGAUCUGAAGAAACGGUGGAGCAAUCUCCCAGCAGAGGUCUGGAGAGCCUACGGAGACUCAUACCUGCAGGACUAUAUAAAGGUGCAGGAGUUCUCCAUGAAGAUUCUGGCCAGUAGUGACCUUUCCAAAGUGACGUCAUGCAUGCAACACGCUCUUUCAGCACGUUAUCCCCAAACACGCUACAGUGCAGGCUGGGACGCCAAGUUCUUCUGGAUUCCCCUCUCGUAUCUGCCUACAUGUAUAGCAGACAUGGUCACCAACAUUUUAAUGCCUUCCACGAAGGAGAGCUGAACAUUGCUACAAAGAAUUACUGAAAACGGCACUGCAGCUCAACAUAUCAAUACAAGCAUCUUUGUGAAUUUUUGUCUUUGAAACUGAUUGCUAUAUGCAACAAUUUUUACACAGCCCUGCAUCUUGAAAAAAAAUUCUGCUGAUUUGCAAAAAGUGCAUAAUAUUACCUAAUUUGAUGAUGAUGAGUUUGAAAA